CAGUCCUACAGUAUUACUAGACCAGCGCGCGCGCAUCCUUGCGCAAACGCACGCGAACGUGCGGAAAAACUGGUCGUAAAAAUAAAAAAAAGUGUUUCGAAAGAAGGUUGAUCCUUAAAAAGUAUUUAUUUACGAAAUUAAUGUAGUGGAGUUUUAAAUAGUUUUUAAAAAUGUGCAGUGCGAAGACAUUGUUAUAUUUGACGCCUCUUUUUUUAAUCGGAUCGCUAGAGAUAACACAAGCGGCCAGUAUUAUAUGUUACAAUGGGUCCAUAACAAAUUACAAAGAAACACCAUUGGAGGAGCCUCUCGCCAUUCUCCCAGGCUUGGCAAAAGAUCUCAAGACCGUGUUCUAUACCUUCGGUUAUCGAGGCAAAGUAAAAGGACCGGCGACGACUGCCAUGAUACAGGCUUACGUAGCUAAGAACAAGUCUAAUAUAUGCCUCCUGAACUGGGAAGGUGAAGCGGAGAGCACGCUACUUGGUACCAGGAUUGGGUAUCUGUAUGCUGUUAAUAAUGCUGUUAAGAUUGGCAAUCAACUGGGAGACGCGCUGGUGACGUUGAUCAAAGCUGGUUUGAACGUGGUCGACUUGCAAUUGAUCGCACAUUCUCUUGGAGCCCACCUUAUGGGGUAUGCUGGACGACGGGCCAGGAAACUUGGCUAUAUCAUACCAAGGUGAGUA